AUGGAUGUCGAUGUGGCCUACGCCGAGUCCGUGCCGCGCUACGUCGAUCUUGCGCUGUUUCUCUGCGGUGAGGCACUGCGGCUCAUCAAGGGUGAGCUCCGUCAGCACGCAGCGGCGGCGGCACCACUCUACGCAUGGCACCUUCACAAGGUGUGCUUCCUGCACGCUCUGCCGAACGAUGGAGACGCCUGCGACGACGGUGCCGCGGCGGAUGACGACGCCAACCCAGCAGAAGCAGCAGCAGCGGUGCGAUCACGGUGCACGGGUCCCUCGAGUGCCGCCCCGUCACUCGGCCAAAUAGAUGAAGAGACCACCUGGGGCGUCGCACCAGCGCUGUCGGCUCAGAGCUCGAAGGAGGUCAGCUUUCGACGCGCCUAUGCCCAGCUGCGCCGCCCGUGCGGCGUCGACUCAUGGAUUGGGGCGAAGGAGAAGCUAGAUCCACAUGGUGCCCCAACAGCGGCCGACGCCCCUACCAGAGAAGACGCCAGUACAAGCCAAGUGGCAGGGCAGGUUCACCCACGCUCCCCAGGCGAGGGGGAGUAUUGGUGCGGCAUAGCCCAAAUCACGCAGCCGUUGCACCGCCCCAGCGCGACGCCUACCGACGUGGGGUUUGCCCUGCUGUGCGACUUUCUUCGAACAGCAGCGCAAGCAGGAGGAGCGCCGCUUAUGCAGCGCCUCGCCGCCGUCCUGUGCCGUCUUGUGACUCAGCCGAAGGAAAGCCGAUGUCUGGCGGAUGCGCACCUUUCGCGUACGCGGGAGCCGCCGUCAUCGCCGACGAUCACCGUCGCGCAGCUCUCGGACCUCUUCGACGAGGACCUCUUCGACGACGAGCUCAGCGCCGAGGCCGGCAACGCUACGCGCAGCUUCCACAUAUGGGUGAACUACGAGUGGGCCAGCACGUCGUUUGCACGACAGACACAAUUGGCAGCUGCCGUGACGAAGUGGCUGGCCGCACUUCGCCGCUGCCGCGAUGGGUCGCCGCCGGGGUGGCUGCCAGCGCCGAAAAAACAGCGCUCCGCCGCAUCGACGCUGCCUCCCCCGCUUGCGUCGGCGGUUCCGAUGAACGUGCGGCGGAUGCAAGCGUCACUCGAGGGCAUCUUUGAAGGUCACGCAAGCACGCGUGCAAUGCUGAUGGAGCUGUCGUUGACGCAGCGCACACCGCACCUCACCGACAAUGCGCUUGUCAAGUUACUCGCUCUUCAAGGACCACCGGCGUUAGCGGUGAUGGCGCGAUCUGAGCUCAGCAAUCGCGGCACUCAGCCCAUCCUCAUGUGCAUCACCAGCGGCAUGCUUCUGUACGCACAGUACUACCUCUCCUUUCGCUCUCUGGCCGUCGCACGGCAGUGCGCGCGCGUGGCACUGCAGGUCGCUCAGGAAGUGCAGUCCAAUGCCAUUCUUGCCCUGGCCCACUACACCGCACACGUGGUGGCGAUGCAUCAAGGCAGACCUGCCGACGCCGCGAACAGUAUUUCGAUUGCCCUCCAGCUGACCUUGCCUAGUGGGUCAGGCCGUCGCAGUGGACAGAGGGGCGGCCCCGCUGACGAGUCGCUCUCAUCGCUGGCCCCGACGCUGUCGGGCAUGGACGUCCAAAUGGCUAGCCUCGCCUUCGCCGGGGCAGCACAGCUGCUCCUGUUCUUCCCCGGUGCGGUGGGCCCGGCGCUGCGCUCUAUCCUUUCGACCGGACGGCGCAGCGACGGCGGCGGCAUCGGUGAUGGUGGUGCGGAGGCGCAGCACACGCGAGGGGCCGAAGACGGUCGUUCGGAGGAGCCGAGCGACCUCGUCGCGAAGCAGAGCGGCGCGGUGACGGUGCAAACCGUUGCGCAGUCGAUUCGCCACGCGCUGCUGCGCGCUCACGUGGCGCUGCUGCAAGCGCCGCCGGUGGAGGGACGAUGGAUAGGUGUAGUGGCAAGUCUGCAGCGAGAGACGCUGCUGCUCAUCGGGGCCAUGUACGGCAUGGUAUCGUCGCCACUGGUCAUCACGACGGCGUCGCUCCGCCAAAUUCUAGAGGAGGUGAAGGAAGAGACCUCGACAGCAUCGCCGGUGUACAGCCACUACCCGAGUCGCACGCUGCUGUGGGAGGUGCUGCGGCACGCCGCGCACCACGCCUUGGCCCUGCAAGAAGGUUGCCUCGCACCUGUGAAGUGUGAUGUAAACGGCGCUGGCAAUGGCGCUGCUGCGAGCGACGCGCUUCAUUGCCUGCACUCGGCCCUGACAGCCGUUUUCGAUCACUAUGGCGCCUCAGCAUCCGCCGCGGCCAACGAAAGCGUUUUCUUCUCGUCCGUGGUCCGCUACUGCGCUGCGUGCCGGCUUGACGCGGACGGCUACGUUUCCGCCGCGUACGAUGUGUGGUCGAGGCUGGCAAGGGCACUAAAUCCCAGCGCCGGUACUGGUGACAUGGACGGGGGGCAAGACCGGCCGCGUCGCGCGGACGAAACGCCCUCCGACGCCGACGCAUCAGAGAACCUCUCCGGCUUUCUAAAGGACGCGGACGCGGCACACUUUUGGCCGCCGGACCAUCUGCUCCUGUACACCUUGGUGCAGCGCCGGCGUGCGCAGGCGGCAGUGUUCCUUGACCACAUCGCGGUGCCGCACAGACUGCAGGAGGAGCUGCUUACCAUAUCCUCGCGGUACUCCUUUUCCUUUGGUGUUCUCACCGCGCAGAUCAUGCAGGCGCAGGUGCACCAACAGCAUGGCCGCCUCAGCGCCUCGCUGAGUGUGGCGCGCCAUGUGGAGAGAGCGGCGACACGCAUCGGAUACCCGAGCCUAUGUGAGGCGGCACGCGCACUCCAAGUGACGGCCUACGCCAACAGUGGCUGCUGGAGAGAGGCGCAGCGCACACUGGCGCGUUGCCGCCCCACCACCGCAUCCCAGCGCAUCUUUGUCCUGCUGCAACAGUACGCGGCGCAUCUGGAGCUGCUGCUGCUCCGCAAGGCAGGGCCAACAGGAAAGGUGGAGUGCCUGACACGCAGUUGGGUUGCUCUGCUCAGGCGGGAGGGUCUCGUGACGGCGCAGACUGUGCACGACGAUGGUGACUUGCGCGUCUGCGCCACCUCUUUCGGGAUAUCUGCUGUCGAUGAAUUGUGCCUGUACAGCUCUCUGCAGCGAGCCUGUGCACUGCUUGGGCAUCGCACCAACGCCAUCGAAAAGCGAACGGCAAACUGCCUGGAGACGCUCAGCGCACGACAGCAGUGCCCUACGCCUGAUGUGUGCAUUCUUGGGAGCUGCGAGGAGAUUUGCCGAAGCGACCUUUACAGCGGCCGCCCAUGCGAUGUGAGGGAAGAGAUGUUGCAGAGGUAG